UGCUUCUGUCAGUAAUGUACAAUUUGCUUGCCUUGUAUCACAAUUGUCUGCCUGUCUAUUGACCUAUCACACUUUAAUGGUGUUACUCUCUUAUGCUGCCAAUACAGUAUCUACCAUCAUAACCUACUACUACAGUAUACUGUAGUCAAUGUUUCUGUAGAGAUCUUGUUUCAUUGUACAGUAGUUAUUCACGUUUUAGUUAGAAAAAGUAGGUUGUGUCUACUUAAAGCAGAUCAGCUGUUCAGAUUUCCUGUCUGGCAACAAUGUAGGGUAUUCUACAAUAUGCUAUAGUUUCUCACGGUUAUUGGCUAUUUCAGACAGGGUCACUUGUGAUCAACAACUACCUGACAAGAUACUUGAUGAAAGCAUGGAGGUCCCCACCUGGCUGACGUUUGGGCUGUGGGGACAUGUAUGGGGAUCAAUUUAUGCCUCUGUAUUUAGUUACAAACCGUCAGCGAUUUUGACACAGAGCCAGGCAAGGGUUGUCAUUAGUUACCACAGCCACAAAGUCAAAAUGGUUUCUAUCGUGAAAAAUUCAUAAAAACAAACAAACAAAUUUGAUUUUUGGUCUUAAUUUGAGGUUAGGGUUAGGCAUACGGUUAACAGUGUGGUUAGGGUUAGGUAUAAAAUCAGUUUUGAAGAAGAGCCAUUGUAGAAAUAGGCGAGGUUUAACCAGAUUUACGACUUUAUGACUGUGGUAGCUAGUGGCGACGCAAACGUGAUCUUAAGAGUUGAGUAUACUUUCCAGAAGUAGCCUAUGAAUGGUUGGUCCACACUUGUUUGCUGAAGUAACGAGUGGUAAUGGCGAGCUUCUCUCCGCUGGUCCUGUCCAUCGCUGCCACCAGCUUUGUGACGUUCCAGUGUCUGUUCCAUUUUGUCAGUCCCUGUAUCUCUGCUCGGUUCUGUCCUGGGUACCGCCGUCUCAGCCCUAAACACACCGUAGAGUGGAACUCCAGAACUGUGUCUACAUUUCACGCCUUGAUAGUGGGCCUUUUUUGUCUCUACAUAUUACUAUUUGAUGAUGCCGUCAAUGAAGACCCAGUCUGGGGAGAUCCGUCACUGGUGAAAAUAAAUGUGGCCAUAACCUGUGGCUACCUCCUAUCAGAUAUGCUGCUCAUAUGUUACUAUUGGCGGGCGAUAGGGGACAAGUUUUUUGUAAUCCACCACCUGGCAGCACUGUAUGCUUACUACUAUGUACUGAGCAUAGGAAUGUUGCCUUAUUUUGCUAACUUCCGUCUGGUCGCAGAGCUUUCCACUCCUUGUGUGAACCAGCGCUGGUUCUUUGAAGUGCUUGGUUACCCAAAGAAAUCAUUACCAAAUAUGGUCAACGGAAUUGCCAUGACGCUAUCCUUCUUCCUGGUGAGGAUAGCGGUCAUGCCAAUGUAUUACAGCCGGAUGUACGCCGUGUACGGGACAGAACCUUUCUACCGGGUGACUUUUGGUGGCCGUUGUGCAUGGAUGGGCCCCAGUUUCUGUCUAGACAUUAUGAACGUCAUGUGGAUGCAUAAAAUGGCCCGUGGCUGCAUUAGCGUCCUGCGCUCUCCCGGAAAGGUAAAAGUGGAAAAACUACAGAAUGGGAAAGUGCACUGAGAGGUUGCACAAGGCUAUGGUGGAGUUAUUUUAUUGUAUGUCUGGUUCAAAUGGUUCAUGGACAUUUUUGGAUCAAAUGGUUCAUGGACUGGAAAUGUCUUGAGACUCCCUAGGAUCCCAUGACCAGCCCUAGGUAAAUUGUGUACCACUAUACUUAUUUGCCCAGAACACUGCCAAUUGAACAAGCUCUACAGUCCUCCAAAAUGAUGGGAGGGGACAUGGUAAAGGCCAUUGGAUUGCGUCUUCUCUUGAUCCUUACAGAUGGAGGAAGUGGAUGGAAACAAACAGACAAUACUCUAAAGCACAGGUCCUCUUUUCUGUUGGACCCUUGGAUUGUAAAUUGUAUGUAUGUCCACCCAAAGGUGUCUUGUGUGUAUUGCCACAAUUACAUGAACUGACAUGGAAGAGAAUGUUAAAGGAACUCACAUAGUUUUGUAAUGUUUAUGAAGCCAUAUAGAUGGCUCUUGUACAAAUAUCAUGAGAUAUUGUACAAAAAUAAAAUCCUUACUUGAAAUCUGUGUUUUCACCAGCAUUAGGAUGUAAAAGAAGUAUAUUGUCAGACUACUGAAGUCUAUGCUCAGGAGCCUGCUCAUGCAGUAGGCCUAGGAAAUAUUAGUCAUGCACAUAAAGUAUCAGGGUAGAUUUAGACAAAGCACAGCAAACAAAUGCCAGAAUGUAUUGUAAUUUUAUCUCUAGAAGUGACCUUACUGAGUGUGAUUCAUGAUAACAGCAAUAAAAGUGCACUUAUGUCUAACCGACACACCCACACUAUAACUUCACACAAGCAUCUCCACACAGUUCACAAAUUACAAAUCAAACUUCAGAAGCCAAGCUUCAUAAUGUAAUGUGAAAAAUGUAAUUAAAGGGAUACUGCAAGAUUCUCGCAUUUAAUCCCGUUUUCUUGUUACCCAGAGUCUGAUGAACGUGUAUGUCUGCAUGCAGUAUGAAGUUAGAAUAGCAAUGCUACUGUACCUUUAGACUUCCAGUCCUUGUGCUAUCGCUAUUUAACGUUGGCUAGCUAAACUACCGCUAUUUCCCUCAUGCUGUGUGCAGAGACAUAAAAAUGGUAUCCGCAAGUUCAUCUGACUCCGGCUCCGGGUAAGCAGAACAUGGCCUUAAAUGCAAGAAUCUUGCAUUAUGCCUUUCAGGUUUCCCUGUUGGAUCUCUGGGUGAGAAUAUGCAAGCUAUUGUGACAUUUACAGCUAUGUUAGUUAUAAUAUUUCAUUUAGAAAUAUAUAUUUUAAUAAUGUACUCUUUGAGUUAGUUGAAGUGAAUGAUUUAUUAACUUCAUUUUCAUACUUGCUUUGAUUGUCUUCAGACAGUUGUCAGCAGACAACACGACAACACUUGUCUGCUGCUGCUCUCUUGUGGAGACAAUGCGGGACUGCAAACAUCCCCUCAAAAGGAGGAUACAGUGGUCAAUGAGUUUUGAGGAAUAUUAAUAAAAAAAUGAUUGAUGUUAAAA